UCGCUAGCGCAAGCCAAUUCCAGUUACUUGACAACCGAUGCUCGGUAGAGAACUCUGGGUAUUUACAACUACAAAACUAUCCGUUUUACAAUGGCCUCUACCACUACAUUAGGAAAAAUGUUGCUAUCAAGUAUUAUUUCAAGAAAUACACAGUUCAAACAGAAUAUACUGAAAACAAAUGUGAGGUUAUUUAGUGUCGCUCUUAAGGACAACUUCGAAUACCUGAAGGUGUCAAAAACUGGCGAAAAGAGCAAUGUAGCAUUAAUUGAACUUAAUCGUCCCAAAGCACUGAAUGCCUUGUGCAAAGGUCUUGUAAAUGAACUGGGAGAAGUCCUUCAAAAUCUCGAUGCUGAUUCUUCUAUUGGAGCUAUUAUAAUAACGGGAAGUGAGAGGGCAUUUGCAGCUGGUGCUGAUAUCAAAGAGAUGGCAAAUAAGACAUAUGCUGAAGCAGUAACCGAAAAUUUCACUGAAAGUUGGACCAGUGUUUCGUCAACAAAAAAACCAGUUAUAGCGGCUGUAAAUGGAUUUGCUCUUGGAGGAGGAUGUGAGAUGGCCAUGAUGUGUGACAUUAUUUAUGCAGGAGAAAAUGCUAAAUUCGGUCAACCAGAAAUUUUGAUUGGCACAAUUCCGGGAGUUGGAGGCACACAACGAUUGACAAGAUCUGUAGGGAAAUCCAAAGCUAUGGAAAUUGUUCUCACAGGUAACCAAGUGAAUGCACAAGAAGCCGAAAAAAUGGGGUUGGUCAGUAAAGUAUUUCCGGUAGAUAAACUCCUAGAAGAAACUGUGAAACUCGCAGAGAAAAUUGCAAGCAAUUCCCAAAUUACCAAUGCGAUAGCAAAAGAAUGUGUAAAUGAAGCACUGGAGACAACUCUUAGGGAAGGUUUACAUUUUGAGAAGCGAAUGUUCCAUGGAACCUUUGCAACAAAGGAUCAAAAGGAAGGCAUGGCAGCUUUUAUUGAGAAAAGAAAAGCUAAUUUCACCAAUGAAUGAUUUCAUCAAGCGUAAAAGAUAUUCUCAUGGUUGUCCUUAAUCACAAUGAAGUUGUGCUUAAUACUUCAUACAUUUGAAUAAUUCUAAAAACAUUUUUAAUAAAAUAUAUAUUCAUUUUGUGACAG